UGAACCAUUGUUAAGAUGUUGCAAGCACUAGUGAAUCUCUUUAUAUAACAUUUCUUUUAUAUUGUAGUGUUUUAUAAGACUAUUACUUGUGUAUAAGAGGUUAUAAGGGAAUACCUAGUUUAGUUCGUAUUCCACCUCACUGGCGGUCGAAGAUGUCAACAAGUACAGAAAAAGUGACGGAAUUACGUGAGAGAGGAAAUGAAUGUGUCCGUGCUGGUAAUUAUGCCGAGGCAAUAAUACACUACUCGCAUGCAAUCAAGAUAGAUAGUUCGUCGCCACAACUCUACAGUAAUCGUUCCUAUGCUUUUCUCAAGCUUCAACAGUACUACCAUGCCCUUGAAGAUGCUAAUGAAGCUAUACAACUUGACCCUAAGUGGGCAAAGGGAUACUUUCGUCGAGGAGAAGUCGAAUUUGCAACUAGUCAUUUUGCUGAGGCGUUGGAAUCCUACCGUCGUGCUUCCCAGCUGCAAAAUGACCCCACCUUACUGGAGUGUGUUUUGAGAGCUAACAGGGAGAUGACUCGCCAGCAGAAGGUGGACCAACAGACUCCUUGGGUUGGUGCAGGUAUUGGGCUCAUCCUGGGAGUGUUGGUGGUUGUAGGAGAUGCAAUCAUUGCCAAGGAAUCAAUUCUCACACAUCCUGUCCUACAGUCCAUGGUAACUAUCAUGCUCUCUCUCCUGGGCCUGGGGCUCGGCUACUGCUACCGAAUGUAUAUACAAAACCAGCGCAAGUCAUUAUUAGAACCUCCACUGGACUUUCUAGGUGUGGAAGAUGGUGAUACAAGAAAUGGAGUCAGUGGAGGAAGAGAAAAGACUAGUGAAGGAGGGGGUGAAGGGGAGGAGCGGCGCCACCACCCAAGAUACAACAAGGCCCAGGCCAGACAACGCUACAAGAAGGGCAAGUCAUAGAGAUGUGCUGAGUCAGCUAUAGGUUCUGUUGUACGUAAGUGUAGGAGAGUCAUUUUCUUAGAACUGUACUGAAGGUCAUACACAUUUUUAAUAGGUAAGAACUUAUACAUUUCCACUGUUUCAUAUCCCAGAAAUUGCUAAAGAGUAACUUCAAGAAGCAGAAUAAACAUUGAGGGCAUAUUGUUGAUGUGAAGUUUGUUAACCAUUUUUGUACAUAUUCUGAUCAGUAAAUAACCAGAACAAAUUUAAUCUGCAACCUUGAAGUGAUCCUUAGAUAACACAAAAAUGAAGGAAUAUGUGAUAAUGUAGGACUCUUAUAAACUUGAUAAUAUGCAAAGAGAGUAGUUUACAACCGGUGCUGCAACUGCCAUUUAAUGCAGCUGUUUUGGUCGGUUGUGGCAUCACCAAGUUGUGAAAUAAUUAUGUUCCUAUGGUGUAGUCACUGCUGUAUGUUAUGGACUUUUUUCCUUGCUCACUACUUUAUUACAGAUCUGUAGGUUAUACACUUUUGAAGUUAGAUAGAAUAUUGUUAUCACGUUUAACACGUCUCGGAACUUUGUUAUCGUGCACUCGUCAUCUUCCCAAGCAUGCUUUGAUAUACUGUACAUGUAAAGUGAUGAGAGAGGAAUUUACAUAUGCUGAGGUUUUUGGGAUGGGAAGCAAUUUUAUUAAAGGUAGAUUUUAUAUCUUUGGGGUCAGUUUUUUCAAGUCUCAUUCUCCACACUUAGUAUAAGUUAUUGACGGAUUUGGUUGAAUGACGAGAAAAUUCAUUGUAGAGGUGUUUCUGAAGUACCCAUUCAGUCGUGCCUUGAAAUGCAGUACCAUACCUUGGUUGACUAGUCCUCAUCACCUGUUAGGCAGACUCAACAGUUGUAUCAAAAACCUGAUCUUUUAGAGUGAGCUUCUUCUCUAUUCUUUGUAUUUUCUUAAACAUAUGACCAAAGGCUGCUGGGUCGUAUUGGCACCAGUUGGCAUAGGUCCUAGUGUUACAUAAUCUUGGCCAUUAGGAUUUGGGCUAUGUAGAUAGUACCCCAGUAUCUGAAUUGUUAGGUUAGGUUGGGGCCAAUUAGGACUAGGCCCAAUUUGACCAGUUACUAGAUUCAUUCAUUAUUUCUGCUGACAAACUAUUGUGCAUAAAGCAAUGUGAAAUUGUAACUUUAUGUGGUCAUUAUGAUACGGUAUUAUGCAAGUCUUUUAUACACGAGACCAAGAUUGUUCUUGUUUCGUCAUAAAGUAUGUAACUUCUGUAUCUUUUAAUUUGUAAUUCCUAUUGUUGAUUAGUAUUAAUAGUCCUCGUGCAGUUCUACAGAGUUUUCAUCUUGAUAUUCCAACAGUCACACUCUGAUUCAUUUUCUGGUUUACUUGUCACUUACUGAUUCUUUGUGUGACUUUCUGAUUCACGACUUAAUCACUCUGCUUCACUUUUUUGUGAUUCACUCUCUGAUCUUCUGUUGAUUCAAAUUUUUUAAUUUUUAUCCGGAUCAGUUUUCCAGUUCACUUUCCGAUUCACCGUCAAAUUUGUUUUCUAAUUUACUCUAAUGUAUGACUCCUGUUCUUCUUGUCUCCCUCUUUUAUUUACUACCUCUCCUCCACUACUGAGGAUGCCAUUUUAAACAGUUAUUAAGUUUUCUCUGUAAACAAUUGUUAUUGUUGAUAUUUAUUAGUAUAACAACUGUACGCCCCCUAAGUGGAUAGGAAAAUGCAUGUUAGGAUCGAUCAUCUGACAUUUUACACUUGUCUCUAGGAUUUUCCAUUUGAUAUUACUGUAGUUAUAAAGUUUAGUGUAUGUGAGGAAAAAAUUUGUGAAAUGUGGCUGAUGUAUUGGAUAGAUGGGACCACAUAGAUCAUGGGAAGGAGAAUAGGGAUGGUAAGGGAAGCAAGUGGUGAUGAGGCAGCCUGGGGGUUCUUCUGUCAUGGCCAACCUCCACAUCCUCCCACCUCAUCAGAGCUCCCUGAAGGUGUGAGGCAUCAUAGGUGAAAACAAGGUUGAACUAAAAUAAUAGGCACAUGCAGGGCUGGCCUUAGGAGGUGCGGGACCCAAUUGGGAACAAUUUUGGUGGGCCUCAUUUAUGGGUCCGUGACACAAAAUUAAUCAGCUAGUAGUAAGAUCCAAUCAGCUGUGUUUACACUGACGGAAGGGAAACUCACACCAUGAGAUGGAAACAAACGUAAAUCUGACGACCUCUAGAAACUUUGGUCAGUCACCAUGCCAAAGAAAACAUUUUUUAACAAUGCGGAGUAAACUCAAGGAAUCUGAGGCCCUCAUGUCGCAUGUAUUACCAAACCUUAGAGAUUUACCCCAUUUGGGAUAAUUUACCCCUAUCCCCUGACCCCUUUUGUAAAACUUAAAUACUCAAGUCUGAAUAUAGGCCUACUAUUUAUUUUGCAACAGAGAUGUGCAUGUGCAUGAAGAUGUAAUACAGGGGUAUUGCAAUUUAAUCACAUGAUACUGUUAAAAGAAAAUACUAUAGGUUUAUAGAUAUUUAAAAGCUGUUACACGUUUAUUUACAUAUUUGUCUUCUUAAUUUUUUUCAGAGAAAUGAUUUUUAAUGCUGUUCUGUAAUUAACGUUUUAUUUAAUUCAGUUACAGACAAAAAAUUCAAAACAUAAACAGUAUAAAUAAACACUACAGACUUUGUAAAAAUUCAUAAGAAAUUAUAAUAAUUGCUGUUCUCUGUAGAACCUGCAAUGUGGUGUUACAUAUAUAUUGCAAUGAUGUGUUGUGUGUACUUGACAAGCCGAGAGUAGAUUACUCUAGUGCGGGGCCCCCUUAGGCGCGGGGCCCAAUUGGGAUCAAUUGGUCCAAUUGGCUUAAGGCUGGCCCUGGGCACAUGUUAUUGCCUUAAGACAGAAAAAUGCCAUAAAUGUUGAUUACCGGUACAGCCUUGGGGCCAGAUUGAUUGCUAAAUAGUUAUACUGUAGUUGAAAAUAACUCUUCCCUAACUUGCUGAAUAGUUUUGUUUGGAAAUAACUUUUAAUGUAACUUGAAGAAACAACGGUUAAUUUUAGUUUCUAUAGUCGAUCAGCUUGUUUUGUUUUUUCCUUAAUUUCAUUAUUAUCAUGUUGCUGUUAAUUCUUGUACAUUGGUGCUUCUUUGUCAGCUCCUCUCUUUUAUUCUUACCACUUGUCUUAUUGAUGAUCCACAUUCUAAAAUAAAAGAGUAAAUGUAAUUGGCUGUUAGAUAGGUAGAUAGAAAAUUCCACAGACGGGUGUAGAAUAACAGAAAAUCCACAAUACUGUAGUGACUGUUUUUCUAAUGUUGUAUUUAUAAUUCCUUUGAUCUGGUUGUAAUUUAUGGGAAUGAUUGCAUUCGUAUCUUAUAUAAAUUAUAUUGAAUUGGUUU